AGCGAGUUCUCCCCCAUCUUCCGCCUCUUGACCAUCUUCGCCUACGGCACCUACGCGGACUACCUGGCUGAAGCAGCAAACCUCCCUCCCUUGACAGAGGCUCAGAAGAACAAGCUGAGGCAUCUGUCAGUUGUCACUCUGGCUGCCAAGAUCAAGUGCAUCCCCUACUCGGUGCUGUUGGAGCAGUUGCAGCUGAAGAACGUCCGGCAACUGGAGGACCUGGUGAUUGAGGCUGUGUACGCAGAUGUUCUGCGAGGGAGCUUGGAUCAGCGGAACCAGCGCCUGGAGGUGGAUUACAGCAUUGGGAGGGACAUCCGGAGGGAGGAGCUAAGCACCAUCACCCGCACAUUGCAGGAGUGGUGCCAGGGCUGCGAGGUGGUCUUGUCAGGCAUCGAAGAACAGGUUAGCCGGGCCAACCAGCAUAAAGAGCAGCAGCUGGCGCUUAAGCAGCAGAUAGAGAGUGAGGUGGCAAACCUGAAGAAAACCAUUAAAGUGACAACAGCAGCCGCUGCAGCAGCCACAUCCCAAGACCCGGAACAGCACUUAACAGAGCUCAGGGAGCCGGCUCCUGGCACCAACCAGCGCCAGGCGAGCAAGAAAACUUCCAAAGCCAAAGGGCUCCGGGGCAGCGCGAAGAUUUGGUCUAAAUCAAACUAGUUGGAUCUCCCUUCACAACUGGGAGGGUGAGAGGAAGAGAUUUGGGGGAUGGAAGGGUAGCAAUGGUCCCAAGUGUGAUGCUUCUGAGCUUCUUCCCGAGAUCCAUCUUACCAACUCAUUCUCCUGCAUGUUUGUUCUCCUUCUUACCUUCUUUACCGACUUCUUAGGCAGUGUCUCCCUGCUUUUCAUCACAGCAUUUCACACUCUUGAGCUUCCAGUUGUGUGUGUUGCUUUUGUUUUCCCCUACUGCUCAACCCUCCAUCGCCACGGCCACGUGUUUCUUUCUCUCUCCCUGUCUUUUGACAGGUCAAUUUAAAGAGCCAUAAAGCUGUUGUCAGUCACCUUCGCACCCACAGAGCGUCACGGAAGCUUGGGAAGAGUGCACUGGUGCUCAGCAAUCAUUUUGGCUCUAUGAGACCCCGUAGGAUACUUUGCUCCAGGAUAAAGCUGCCGUCUUUGAUUGUUUAUCUUUGUUUUGCUAGGUGGGAGGGUAGUUUUUGAAGGGAUUCUUUUAAAAAUAUAAAAAUAUAUUAUAAAUAUGUAUAAAACAAUAAAAAUAUAGUUCUAUGGACAUAUC